AUGGCUUCCACGUCGACGAAAGCCACCAUCACAAAAUCGACUCUGACACCAUCAAUGACUUUGAAGGGUCACGAAAAAUGGAUUCGAUACAUAUCCUACUUUCCAGACGGCCAGCGAAUGAUCAGCGGAUCUCCGGACAAGACAGCUCGGCAAUGGGAUCUGAAGUUGGGCAAGGAGAUUGAGGAAGUGCGGGAUGUUGGCAAGAAGGAGGUGUAUGCGGUAUCGGUAUCAAGGGAUGGUCGAUGGGUUGUUACUGGUGAUGGAGAUGGAGAUCGCGGGGAAUUGAAAGCUUGUGAGGUUGAGACAGGGAUUGUGAAAACUGGAUCUGAUGAUUUUACGACGCGGAUAUGGAACCUGGAGACUGGGAAACUUGUAGCUGGUCCAUUCAAGAACGUUGAUCAGGUGGGCGCAGUUCAAUUCUCCUCAGACUUGAAGAAACUCGCAGUGACUUCAAGGACGUGCAUUGAGGUCUGGGAUGUCCAAUUGCAAAAGUUGGAUGUUAGGGUAAGCAAGUCCCCUGGAGUAGCAAUCACAUAUGCGCCAGUGUUUUGGACAAACAACGACAAAAACAUCAUGACCGCAUUCAACUUCGCUACCUUUGGCUAUGCCAAGACAAUGUACGAGUUUGAUGCGUUGACGCUGGAGACUGUUGGAACUCCCUUUGAAGGGCACACCAAACUUGUCACCAGUAUAGCACUUUCAUUUGACCAUGCUCGCCUCGCUAGCGCUUCCUUUGACAACACCAUCAAGCUCUGGGAUUGCGAGUCCCGCCAACUCCUCGCUUCCUUCGAUGUUCAGAAUCCUUUUAUCCUUGUUCUCUCACCCGACUCACACCAACUAGCUUAUGCGAUCCUUUGA